UUUUGAAAAAACUAUUUGUAAAUACUUUUCGCAUAUUUUUAUAUGCGUUCACAUCGAGAGUGGAAAGAGUUGUGUAAAGAGCACACAAAGCGUUCGUAAUCUAGUUAUUAAACAUAUAUUUCUUAAGUGCUCUGACAUUGAAUUCAUUGAUUUGUUGCGAAAAUUAUUGGCGAAAAAGUUUUGUUUUUGUGCUUUUAUUUUUUUGUCAACUAUUUAUUAGCGUAUAUUAUGUACUCAUCUGGCAGUUGGUGGCGAAACCCAUCGCCUUCUUGUACACCAAAUGAGUUAAUAGACAUCAUAACAAAACCAAACGGCGGCUAUUAUGUGGUGCCCACCGAACCUUUCAACGAAGUCUUUCCUCGACUUUAUAUCAGCGAUGGAACGACAGCACUCUGUCUGUCACUUCUUCGGCGAAUGGGAAUAACUCAUGUCCUAAACGCCAGUUGGGGUAAAGACAAGUCGUUUUGUUUGGUCAACACAUCUCAAGAGUUUUACAAGAGCUCUGACAUUGAUUUCCUGGGCGUCGAAGCACUCGAUAUAUCGAUAUAUCCUUUAUAUAAACACUUUGGAAAAUCGGCUGAAUUUAUACACGAAGGUCUGAUUGGCGGCGGAAAAGUGUUGGUCCACUGCGGGGAAGGCAUUAGCCGAUCGGCCACUCUUGUGUUGGCGUAUCUGAUGAUCAAAUGUGGUUAUACCGCUCAGGAGGCAGUGGCACACGUCCGCACACAUCGAUCCAUAUUUCCCAACAUUGGUUUUCUGCGACAAUUGUGUGAACUUAACGAUCAACUGAACCACAAAAAGUCCAGAACUAAGACCCGAUCCGUCAGCUCUUCGUUGUCUCACAAGGAUUUGAUCAGGAAACGACAGUUCCGUUUGGUUAAUAAGAAUGAUUUGAACGCAAAUGCAGAGGACAUGACAAACAACGCAGCCGUUGUUGCGGACGAAGGGUCGCAGAUCAAUGAGGGACAGGUGUCUACCACUGACGUCAAGCCCAUGGUUUCUGAGGGCUUCGACAUGACAUCGGAGGUCGAGAGCAGCAAAAUAGGCGCCGAAAGCGCGUCAAAUGUGUCUCAAAUUAAAGACAAUAAAACGAUAGCAAAGAGCAGUUUUGUGAACAAAUCGCCACUAAAUAAAGCCAUUCCUUUCAAAAACAAUGAGUCGCCAAAGGAUGAGACCAAACAGAAGUCGCAGAUUCAAAGCAUGGUAUCCACUGGUUUUGAUGUACAGCCACAACAACCCUCACGAGUAACGCAACCAAACAAACGGGACAUACAAUCGAGACGUGAGGACAAGACAUCAAAGAUGGGAAUGUCUUCUAUUAGUAAUCAACAGCAAAGUGUGUCCCGAAUGCCAAAUAAAUCUUCGCCCAAAUCUCAGGUCACUUCGCGAUUAAAUAAUCCACAAAAGAUAUCGACUGCAGAAUCGGAAUCCGGCAAAACUUCAGCCAAUGCUAGUGUUUUGGGAUCUAAAGUGUCGUCUAUUGCCAGACCAUCCGAACUGACGGGUCUUAACAUCAAAAAGCAA